AUGCCUUCUCUUAACGCCCUUAGCACGGCGCUUCUUGCCUGUGCGGGUAGUGCUGUUGCUACUCAGUUUACUUUGGCCGAUACCUACGACCACACCAACUUCUUCAGCAAAUUCACCUUCAACAAUGCCGCCGAUACCAACUCUGGUUUCGUAGUCUACCAGGACCAGGCCAACGCUCAGGCACAGGGACUCGCCAAGAUCACCAGCAACAACGAGGUCUACCUCGGAGUUGACACCAAGACCGUCCUCAAGGGCGCCGGAUUCCCUGGCCGUAACUCCAUUAGACUCGAGUCCAAGGCUUCCUACAAGCAUGGUCUCAUUGUCGCCCGAUUCUCCCACCUGCCUACCAAUAAGUGCGGUAGCUGGCCCUCUUUCUGGACUCUUGGUGACAGCUGGCCCAACGAUGGAGAGAUCGAUGUGUACGAGGGCUGGAACAACAUUGUCCAGAACCAGCCUGCCUUCCACGUCGGCGACACCAAGACUUUCGGCCAGUGUAUUCUCGAGAACGCCGGCCAGACCGCUUCCGUCGCUACUCCCAACUGUGACAACACUUUCCAGAGCCCUCCCAGCCAGUACCUCAACCAGGGAUGCACUGCCAACGACAACAAGGGCCCCUGGGCCUCCAGCUCCGGCGGUACCUACGCCAUUGAGUGGACCAGCGACUACAUCAAGCUGUACAACUGGCACCGCGGUGCCGAGCCUGCUAACCUGGCCUCGUCCAACCCCGACACUGCUACUUGGGGAACUCCCGCUGUCAACCUCCAGGGCUCCAACUGCAACAUCGACAAACACUUCAACAGCCAGCGUCUCAUUCUCGACAUUGACUUCUGCGGCAACCCCGUUGGCACCCCUGCUUUCUGGCAGCAGAGCUGCGCCGCCGUCACCAAGCAGGCCACUUGCGCUGACUAUGUCGCCAAGUUCCCUGGUGACUUUGCCCAGACCUACUUCCAGAUCCAGGACAUCCGCUACUUCAGCCAGAGCACCAGCAAGCCCACCACCAGCAAGGCUGUUACUUCAAGCAAGCCUGCUACCUCCAAGCCCGCUACUUCUAGCAAGGCUGUCACCUCUAGCAAGGCUGCUACCUCCAGCAAGGCCGCUACCUCCAAGGCUGCUUCCUCUGCCGCUGCUUCUUCCGCUGCCGCCUCUUCCGCUCACAGCAGUGUUGUCGUCCCGACUUCCGUGAUUGCCAGCCUGCCUCCUGUUAUCACUCCCAGCCUCCCCCCUGUUGUCACUACCAGCAGGUGGUCCAACUCUUCUGCUGCCGUUACUACUCCCGCUCAGCUCACCACCUCGACCGUUUACACCACUCGCGUUCACACCAUCUCUCAGUGCGGUCCCGAAGUCACCAACUGCCCAUUCCGCCCCACGGUCACCACUGAGACCGUUGCUCUGUACACGACCGUCUGCCCCGUCGAGGAGGCCGAGUCCAGCUCUUCUGCUGCCGCCGCUGCUACCACUGCUCCUCCUAACGGCAGCGGUCCUGAGACUCUCACCACUGCCAUCACCAUCGUCCACACCAUCACCAGCUGUGCUCCCGAUGUGACCAACUGCCCUGCUCGUCACUCUACUCAGGUCAUUCCCAUUCCUCCUGCUCAGCCUACCGGUGCUGCUCCUCCCUCGAACGGUGCUGGCAGCGGCCCUGAGACUCUCACCACUGCCAUCACUAUUGUGCACACCAUCACCAGCUGUGCUCCUGAUGUGACCAACUGCCCUGCCCGCCACUCUACUCAGGUCAUCCCCAUCCCUGCUCAGCCAACCGGUGUUGCGCCACCUGUUGCCCCCGUUGCCCCUGCUCCUCCCGUCUCUAUCGUCCCCGUCAUGCCCAUUGCUCCGGCUCCCAGCAAUGCUGCCGGCGGUGUCGUUCCUAGCUACCCCGUUGCUCCGGCUCCCAGCGCCCCCGUGGCCCCUGUUGCUCCCCCUCCCGUCGCUCCCGUCGUCCCAGUUGCUCCCGUCGCCCCCAGCGCUCCCGCCGGCGGCAACGGCACCUGGACCACCGUGGCCUCUGGCCCUACCGCCCAGCCUCCUGCUCCUUCCAGCGGCCUUGGCUGCUCAGGCGCUGACUGUCUCCCCCCUCUGGGCAGCGGUGCUGUACGCACCGGCAUGAGCACUCUUGCUCUUGUUGGUGCUAUGGCUGUUAUGCUGUUGUAA